AAAAACCCUGAGAGUAAUUCCCCGUAAUUACAUAGGGGGCGCUAAACAGAGAGUUAAAGCGUGAUUGUAUUUUUUGUUGUAUUUUGUGUAUUUUCAAUCAAUUUCAGAAAAAAUAUCAAUAUUAAAUGGAAUACGACGACACAGGAAGUGGAGGAAGUACACCUGUACAAGAUGAACCAGAAAAUGAACAGCAACUUAAACAGGGGUCUGAUGCUAGUGGAUCCCCUAUUGGUUCUCCAGGUGGUGCCGCUAGUGUAGAUGAUGAUGUAGAAAUGGCUACCAGAGAUGAAGCAGAUGAUGAUGAUUAUGUUAAUGAUGGUGGAGAUGUUGUUCGUGAAGAUGUUCAUGAAGAAGAUGAGGAUGAUGUAGAACGCGAAGUUGUUGAACAUGAGGUGGAUAAUGAUGGAGAUGAUUACGAUGCCGACAGCCCUUCAGCCCCUGUUGGGAGUCCUCCAACCCCUGUUGGCAGUGCUCCAGGAUCUCCUGCAGAAAGUCCCAUGGGUUCACCAGCCGGUAGUCGAUCACAAUCACCAGCAGGUUCAGAUAGAAGCAGAUCAGCAUCUCCAAUGGGACUUGGUCCUGGUUCUCCGGCUGGGUCAGCUAGAAGUAGGUCCAAUUCACCAGAAGGCCCUGGGCCUGGAUCACCGUUAAGUGCACCUGGUUCUCCAGUUGGAUCACACCGCAGUCGUUCAGGUAGCAGAAGUAGGUCAGGUUCUCCAGCCUCAAGAGCUUCCAGAAGUAGGUCACGAUCAGGUUCACCGGCUAGAUCAGGUUCAGGUUCGCGAUCAAGGUCAAGGUCAAGAUCGGGAUCUCCAGCUAGAUCAAGAUCUGGAUCACGUGCACGUUCUAGAUCAGGCUCUAGAUCAGGUUCAGGAUCUCCAGCAAGGUCAAGAUCAGGAUCACGUGCUGGGAGCAGAUCUCGAUCAAGAAGUAGAAGUGGAUCCCCUGCUAGAAGUAGGAGUGGUUCACGUUCACCAGCGAGAAGUCGUCAAUCCAGUAGAUCGAGAUCAAGAAGUAGAUCGAGAUCACCUUCAGGUGAGAGAAGAGUGGUUAGAUCACCUGUCAGUGGUUCAGAUAAAGAGAAUGAUGAUGAUAAACCCAUUGAAACUGAUGCUGACGUUUCACCAACCAAGAAAAGAAAAAGAGUUAAAGUCAUGAGUGAUGAUGAAAGUGAAAAAGAAGAAGCUGAAGAAAAUGAGUUAAUAGCUGAUAUCUUUGGUUCAAGUGAUGAAGACGAGGAAUUUGAGGGUUUCGGUGAAGCUGAUGUUGAAGGGACGUCUAAAAAGAAGAAAUCAGCUGUUUUAUCUGAUGAUGCUGGUGAAGGUGCUGAUGGGAUUGUACCAGAAGAAGCACCACCACCUGCUGUUGGCAAGGAUGAUGAUGAUUCUGAUGAAGGUGUGGAAGAUGGUGAUAAAGAUGGUGGAACUAUUGUAUCCGAUUUUGAUCUGAUGUUGGAGAGAAGGAGAGAUGAGAAACAGAGACAGCGAAGGAAGAAGAAAGAGGGUGAUUUAAUCAAUGAUAACGAUGAUCUGGUGGAUGAUAUGAUCAAAAAGAUGAAACAGGCUGCGGAGGAAGAUCGAGAAUUAAACCAAAAACGUCAAGCUGCUACCAAAAAAAUCAAAUUACUUCCCUUUGUCAUGUCACAACUAAAAAAGUCCGAUUUGCAUUCCAUAUUUUUAGAUUCUGGUAUUUUAGCAGCCAUUACGGAAUGGUUGGCACCAUUACCUGACAAGAGUUUACCACAUCUGAUGAUCCGAGAUAAUUUAUUAACUGUUUUAUCUCAGUUUCCACCAAUCAACUCUGAUAGUUUGAAAUCCAGUGGAGUAGGAAAAGCCGUCAUGUAUUUAUACAAACAUCCGAAAGAAAUCCGUAAAAACCGGGAGUUAGCUGGUAGAAUUAUUAAUGAAUGGUCUCGUCCUAUAUUUAAUUUAACCUGUAAUUUUAAAACAUUAUCAAAAGAAGAACGAGCUCAGAGAGAUUACGAAUUACUGCCCAAGAAGGCCAGAUUAAGUGUUGAAGGUGAAGAGGUGAGAAAAGAUAUGGAGAAAGCAAUGGCAGGAAAUGACACAGCUGUGCGACCUGGGGAUCCAGGAUGGAUUAUGCGUGCUCGUGUUCCAGCCCCAUCAAACAGAGAUUACGUAAAUAGACCAACCACUAAUAUGGAAUAUGUUCCACCAAAGACAACAAAGAAGAAGAUUUCUAAAUAUGAAAAACAUAAACGUUCAUUUGCUGAUCGGAAGAAAUAUGGAAAAAAUCAGAAAGCUGUUACAAUUAGUAUUGAAGGACGAAAUAUGUCACUUUAGGUUCCUGUCCUGUAUAUAUGUAUACAUGUGUCUGUUUGUAUGAAUGUGUGAUUGACAUCCAGGGAGGGGCGAGGGUAUUAUUAUGAAUCUUCACUGUUAAACCUGGGGUUCCCCCUGAAUUCAUUGUAUCAAACUUCCCUUUUCGUGAUAAAAUGUAGCGGCGUUUGUUAAAGACACCUACAUGUACACACAAGUGAAUUAUUGAAAUUAAAAGUUUAUAUUUGUCGCCAACAAUCAUUAUUCAUAUUUAAAAUUUGACUCGUGUAUGCAGUCAGCCUUCUUACUUGUAAUGGUGUACUUGAUUCGGACAUUUUCAAAUUCAAAAGAUUAAAAUAUAUAAUGUAGAGUUAAAAAAAUGAACCAAUUUCAUGGCUCAAUAUCGACAGGUUUUAUUAUAAGGCAUUAUGGGAAUGUCAUGGAUACCAACAACAAUGUAGGCCUGGCAACGGACAACAUAUAAACGUUCAGAUGGUCUCAUGUACAAAUUGGCGUACACGUAAAAGAUCCCUCGGCAGUUAAAAUUUGAUAUAAGAGUGGGAAGUAGCGCCAAUAUCUGGGCAAAAUUUCCCUGUAUGGUGUUUCCAAUUGUUCAUUAGCCAGUCAGAGUAGAACAGUUCGACGUUAAACCCCCAUUUCAUUUGAUUUUAAAUUCAGUCUCGAUUCGAAAGAAAGGGUAUUUUAGGUCUCCCAACUUAUUUUUCCCAACUAUUAUUGUAUGAAAUGAUAGAUUUCCUUCUCUUAACAGUGUGAAUUUCAGACACGUUAAACCGUAAAGGCUGAAAUAUGCCAAGGAUAUUAAACCCCAUUUCAUUUCACAUAUUCAAGUUAACUAAAAUAUUUUAAGAAUUCUUACUAUUCAUAGAUGAGAGGGAGGUCCACUGAUACAAACUAGGUCAUUUCGGGAAUAAAACAGGGUUCAAUUUUAUUUCAAUAAUUCACGAGCGUGUAGGGGUCUUUAGCAGUGGGAGGAAACUGGAGGACCUGGAGAAAACCCACGCGGUUGGACAGGCGACCCUACUCCUUGUCACGUACAACCGUGGAUUCGAAACCCCGCCAUUUGACUCACUGACAGACCUUAUGAUACAGCGUGCACAUGCUAACCAUUCGGCCAUCCAACCCCCCAUUCAUAGAUAUGGACUGAAAUCAUAAACUGCAAUCAUAGGCUGAAAUUAUAGCACAAAUUUUAAGCUUAAGUUGAUGAAACAGCUAUAUUCUUAAAAUAUUUUAGUUGAUGCCUUUUCAAGUAUCAUCGACAACAAACCUGAAGAGGUGAGGCUAUGCAAAUAAUGUUCUUUUAAAUGUUAAAGCUAUUGAAUUGAAAAUAGAACAAGUAAUAUACAGGAGAAAACUAACAUUUAAAAAAAAAAAAAUUGUUGCCAGAAUAACACAUUUUGGGGGAAAUUUGGUGAAGAAAUCUUAAACAUACAUUAUGCAAGAGUUCUAUCUGCUUAUUGCAGGUCUUUCUUUGGACCUGAAAUGUUAUCUAAAUUAUUACUGAGACAUUAAUUAACUUAUCCAGACCAUAAUCAACUCUAGAUGGCAUCGCUAGCCUGCGAUCUUUAGUAGAUUAUGAUCCGAUUUACUGCUUAACUUUCUCUUACGAUUUAAUGAUUAAUUGAAAGAAACUUUUAUUCGGGUAGUUUAACAUGAAACUUAACGUACAUGUUCCUUGGACAAUAACGCAUGGAUUGAUAGAUUUCAAAUUUUGACAUGACAACAACAAUUCCCCCGUGUCCAUAUAACACUGCCGUACUCGUGUUUUGAUAUGACAACACAAUUCCUCCAAGAUGCUUGAUUCCUAGUCCAUAUUGCACUGUCGUACUUGCGUUUUGCAUUUAAUUGACAGAUUUCAAAUUUUGAACACAAUUCUUCCAAGAUUCUGGUUUCCUCGUCCAUAUAGCACUGCCAUACUUGAUAUGACAACACAAUUCCUUCACGAUUCUCGUUUCCUCGUCCAUAUAGCAGUGCUGUAGACCUACUUGUGUUUUGUCAGUGAGUGAAAGAUAUUGUUUUGUAUGAAAUAAAAUAUUAACCAGGUGCUUGAAGUGUAAAUAUUUGUAAAUAUUGUAUAUUAAAAUCAUCAAAACUAUUAAAAUUAAAAUCAAUUAUUCUUUUUUAUGCUUCGGAUUUAAGUUUGAUUGAAACAGAAAGAUCUGUACUCGAAGCAGACGUCACUGAUUAUAUCUGAUUGUGGCUUACACUGUCAUAUGACAUCAUUAUUUUCGUAUUUUGGCAAGAAACAUCAAUGUUUAAAUCAAAUGAUGUUGGAUUAGGUUUUUUUUAAAAAAACAAAAAUAACAAUCACAAAUCCACCUAUUUAUUGACUGAGGGGGACGGGGUUGGGUCUUAAUGUCCUAAGAUAAAAAUGUUAAAUAUUUCAGUUUGACUAAACGUGUUACAAAAAAGAAAAAUUUGCAACCAAAAUGACAUUGAAAGUUUAUGAUUUUAAUUUGGAUAAAAUAUCCACCAAUGUUUAAUUUAUUGAAUCAGAUAUAAAAACAGGAAGAAAUGAUUGGUCUGAUUUUAGGAGUCUAAAUUUAAUUUAUUUUUCUAUAUAAGUAAUUGUAUGUAUUUUGUUUUAUUUGGUGGUCGGUAAAUAAUGAUAUUAAACAAGUGUUUCAUAAAUAUUGAAAGUAAUAAAAACAAUGAUGUGAGUGUCUUGUUUUAUUAUAAUCAGAUAUCAUUGAAGUAGUAUAAUUAAAGAUGUAUUAUGUCAGAGCUAAAUUGGCCUAUUGUAGGUCUUAAUUUUGGUUUCAAAUGUUAAUAAACUAUUAUUUAAACAUUUCUUCACAUGAAAUGCCUAUAAUAAUCAACCCUCUGAUUUUAAGUAGAUUAGAAUGUUUUGGCCAUUUAAUGAUUUAAUUUUAAAAUGGAGAAACGAAUAACAAGUAGCGUUGUUACGAUAAUAAACAAUCAAUGCACACAUCUCGUCAAAACUAAAUUGGCCCAAAAUAAAUUAAUUUGAACUAAAUUUUCAAUAUAUUCAUUUUGUAUUAUGUAUUUUUGAAAUAUUACAGCAAGAACGACCAACUGUUUAUCUAAUUCUGACAUAAUGUAUGUUUAAACAUUUCCUAUAGGAGACGUAAAACUGUUGAAAUAUUUACAUGAAUUCUUUAGCAUAUUUUGUUUUUCUCUGUUAGGCCAAGAAUGUUUUCAUAUUAUCUUAUAAUUAAUUGAUAAAUAAAACUGUAUGUAUAUGUUUUAUGUUUAAAUGUAUUCCUGCUAGUCACAAUUGGCAGAUUUGAGAGGAGAAGUUUAUGCUCUACUGGUAGUCAAGGUGAGCAUCAAUCUAUUCUACUGGUAGUCAAGGUGAUCAUCAAUCUAUUCUACUGAUAGUUAAGGUGAUCAUCUAUCUAUUCUACUGGUAGCCGAGGUAUUAAUCUAUCUAGUCUACUGGUAGUCAAGGUGGGGUAGUCAUGGUGAUCAUUCAUCUACUAUACUGGUAGCCAAGGUGACUAUUCGUCUGGUAGUCAAGGUGAUACACAAGGUUACAAGAAACUUUGAUUGUAUUAUUUUUGUAUCUUUCUUAUUUAUAUUCAUCUGUAUAUAUAUAUCAUGUACCCAAAAAAAUCAUGGAAAUAAAUUGAAAGUUUGAAAUCAA